UUUACUAAAAUAACCUUCCAAGCAAGGGCUUCCCAGAGGAGAGAAAGCUGCACAUCCAUGGAAUCUGCCCAAUACACUCAAUGGGAGAUCUCUGAGGAAUUUGAGAUGGCUGACACCAAGCGCCAAUGGCGACCCUGGGAAGCUGGGUGGUGGGUGAAGCAGCUUCCUGGAGGCCGUCCUGCCCUUCCCUUUUACCUGCUAUUUUCUGUGACCUCUUUUCUGUGGAUAGCUCUUCUUAGUAUGCUGUUGGCCAAGGUCACGGACUUAUCAAAGGAAGUGGAGCACCUGGAGGGAAUACAAGGCAAUGGGUCAAUGAAUUCAGGGAGGCUGGAAGUUCUUCAGGUAGCCUUGAGCACCUUGGACAACAAGCAUCAGACUCUAAAAACAAAGGCUGAAACAAUGGCUAAGGAACUGAGGAACCUGCAAGAGAGUCAAGCCAGCCUGAGUACUAACUUGUCCCGGGAACUAGCUGAGGCAAGAGAAGACCGAGACAACAUUCGGAGUGAGAUGUUUCGUGGACUGGAGGCUGUGAGGAAUGGAAAUGGAUCUUCCUGCCAACCCUGCCCUAGUACCUGGAGGGACUUCCAAGGUUCCUGUUACUUCUUCUCCGAGAACAAGCUCACUUGGUCCCAGGCCAGGGAUGACUGUGUCCAGAAGCAAGCUCACCUGGUGAUUAUUAAUAACCGAGAUGAGCAGAACUUCCUGACCCCUACUGAUAUUCUUGGAUACUGGAUUGGCCUCAGAAAGGUCCAAGAAGGGGUUCAUAAAUGGAUUGAUGGCACAGAACUUGGCUACACCAACUGGAACUUUGGGGAGCCCAAUGACAGCCAAGGGAAAGAAAACUGUGUCAUGAUGUUGCAUCAUGGCAAGUGGAAUGACUUUACAUGUGAGCAAUCCUCUGACAACUGGAUCUGCGAGAAGAGGCAGAUCUGUUGAGCUUCAACAGUGGAAGAGGCUGGGAGGUGGCCCACUGGUUGAGCUCCCUCUGUCCACAACCCAGGUUUCAUGGAACAUCUGGUGCCCACUUGUGGGCCCUGUAGAGAAUAGGCCCUUGUCCUCUCUGGACCAUGGAUCUCUACAACUGAACAGGGUUAUGGGGUUAAUAAGUUUAUAUGGGAGACCAAUAAAAUAUUUUUGUUGUUUGUCAGAAGAUA